AUGGCAGCAAGAGCAGUACUAUUGUCUCUCUUCUUCUUCUUAAUCCAGGGGCAGGGAGGAAUUGAAACCACCUCAUCAAAUGACUACGAUGACGAUCAGUGCAAGCCAGAGACAUGCGGGGAGGAUGUUAACUUCGACGUCCGCUUUCCAUUCAGGCUUAAGGGAAGGCAUCUCAAGCACUGCGGCUAUCCUGGAUUUGAUCUCUCUUGCUCUCCCCGCAACCAAACCAUCCUCAAUCUCCCUCUUUAUUCAUCAUCAUCAUCAGAUGUGGUCAUUGAUUACAUAGAUUAUAAAGAUCAGCUGAUAUACGCGAGCGUUCCAGAUUGUUGUUUUGUGAAGAUAAUUGAAAACCUCAACUUGUCUGCCUCUAUCUUCCAACCACAACCACAACCACUGACACGGGACUUCUCUUACCAGAAUUACUUAAUGAGCUGUCCUAAGGCUAUGUCUUAUUCAUCUUACGAGUCUUUUCUCAACAAUUGCACAAGUGAUUCAACUCAGCAAGUCUACCACGCCAUUUCCUCUGACACUAUAUUUUACAAAAUGCCACUAUGGCCCUGCAAGUUUAUUAAUGCCCAAUUGUGGAACUUAGGUAUAUUGACUUUGAGUUGGUCAAAGCCAAUGUGUGGAGAUUGCGAAACAGAAGAGGGACUCUGUAGAAUAAGGAAGAACAACAACACCAACAACAGAGAGGGACUUGAAACAGAGUGUUAUCUAGGAGAAGAACCUCUUCCUACUCAUAGACUUGUGAGGUUCUAUGCCGAACAAAAUCGGAAUAGUAAUUAUAAUCAAGGUUUUAAUAGCAUCAAGAAUAUCAUAAUUAGAGGUAACUUUACUAUUAUCAUUAUGACAAUUCUCCUUACCCCAUUCUCUCAACUCUAA